AAGGACCCAGUGGCUGUAGGCAAGGAGGAAAGCUGCACCGUCUGCUUCGGCUGACGGGUGACAGCCUGUCAUUCCUGCCAGUGAUCCGAGGGAUUUCCUCUCAGCUACACGGACCGGGAAUAUCCACCAGGAUAAAAGGUAAGGUUAGUUCGGGUUGCUUUCCAGCAGGGCCCGUAUUCCUGUGAAUAGCUGUUAACCAUUUAAGACUUCACACUCUAUAAAAGGAAAAAAACAUGCCAGUGAGGUCAUAUAUAAUUGUGGGGCACUAUUAAACCACACUCAGAAUUCAAAUCACCUUAUUUCACCAAGAACUGGAUGAGCACAAGUCAGUGUUAUACAUAAACCGUAAGAUAUUUGUAAAUAUAUCUCGGGUCUGUGGUGCUUGUGCUUCUCACAUGUCCAGUGCGUCGUCUCAGAGCGUUUACUGCCACAUGAUACCCGUCUAGGUUGCGCACAGAGCUCAGUGUGUUAUGCAGGGGCCCGGUGCAAGGGCAGCACCGGCAAAUCGGGGGGGCCACUGGUCAGGAGAAAAACAGGAAACUGGGUCUAUGGAACGCAGCAGGACUGGGGGAACAUCUGGGUACCCGAUGUCCCAGUGUGUGUGUGUGUGUGUGUGUGUGUGUGUGUGUGUGUGUGGGGGGGGGGCAGUAUUCCAGGGAAGCUUAUAGAACUGAAACAGGAGACAUAUUUUGUAGCUCUGAGUCUGUGAUGGAGGCUGAUUUUCUGGAGGGGGGGGCUGGGAUACGAAUGAUGAAUGUUAUAGAGUAACACCCCCAAACAAACCCCCCCGCCAAAAAUGUCUUUGUUGCUAAUCAAGCACAUAGUCAGGUAGUAUGAUAAUAAGACUUAUCCAACCCCCCCUCCCCCAAGAGGUCCAAAGGAGGACCCUCCCCUCUUUCAUAGUGAGGGGCCUAUUGGUGGAGCUGUCAGACGCCCCAGUUAUUUCUGGCUACAUGCCUGGCUCACACCUACAGUUUACAUGUCAUUUAUGUAGCACACAUUUUAUAAAAGCAGGGCCUGCCAGUCCCUGCAGCAACUGGGGUUAAUGGCCUCACUCGGAGGCCCAACGGUCAAAUCGGCCACCGUCCAAUCACUCACUCGGAGGCCCAACGGUCAAAUCGGCCACCGUCCAAUCACUCACUCGGAUGCCCAACGGUCAAAUCGGCCACCGUCCAAUCACUCACUCGGAGGCCCAACGGUCAAAUCGGCCACCGUCCAAUCACUCACUCGGAGGCCCAACGGUCAAAUCAGCCACCGUCCAAUCACUCACUCGGAGGCCCAACGCUCAAAUCGGCCACCGUCCAAUCACUCACUCGGAGGCCCAACGGUCAAAUCGGCCACCGUCCAAUCACUCACUCGGAGGCCCAACGGUCAAAUCGGCCACCGUCCAAUCACUCACUCGGAUGCCCAACGGUCAAAUCGGCCACCGUCCAAUCACUCACUCGGAGGCCCAACGGUCAAAUCGGCCACCGUCCAAUCACUCACUCGGAGGCCCAACGGUCAAAUCGGCCACCGUCCAAUCACUCACUCGGAGGCCCAACGCUCAAAUCGGCCACCGUCCAAUCACUCACUCGGAGGCCCAACGGUCAAAUCGGCCACCGUCCAAUCACUCACUCGGAGGCCCACCGGUCAAAUCGGCCACCGUCCAAUCACUCACUCGGAGGCCCACCGGUCAAAUCGGCCACCGUCCAAUCACUCACUCGGAGGCCCAACGGUCAAAUCGGCCACCGUCCAAUCACUCACGCGGAGGCCCACCGGUCAAAUCGGCCACCGUCCAAUCACUCACUCGGAGGCCCAACGGUCAAAUCGGCCACCGUCCAAUCACUCACUCGGAGGCCCAACGGUCAAAUCGGCCACCGUCCAAUCAUUCACUCGGAGGCCCAACGGUCAAAUCGGCCACCGUCCAAUCACAGGCGCAGCCGCCCAACCCGUUCAGCCACACGCCACCCCCACCUUCACACUGUUCGUUUAUAAACACCUUAUUUACAGACGUGGUUGACUUGCCAUCGGUGCCUAGAGGUAGGGUUCUGGCCUGUCAACAGUGAGCCGUGUGUCUGCGUUCCCAUGCGAGCUGCCUGCCCCCACCUUCCCCUGUCAUCCCAACUGGUUCUGCCGCUGGCACUGGGCCAAGCGUCAUGUCUUCUUCAUUAGUUGGGAGUGGAAUCUGUGAACGACGUGCGUCCCUAGGAAGUCACAUACGGCAGAGCGUCAGCCAAUUUUGACUGUGAAUCACCCCUUUAUUGUGAUACCUGAUGUGACAUGAAAAGCCCCCCCAUCAAAACAGGGGGAUCUGGAAACAAAGGAGGUAUUAGGGCCCAGAUCCGUUCCUGAGCUCCAGUCUGGCCAGGGGGUGGUUUUCAGCAAGCAGUCUCCUGUUCCAGUGGGACCACGCUGUUGCAGCCCGUGUCAGUGGGGUUUUGACUACCUGCACGGAGGUCAGUGAUCUUCUGUGGCAUCCCGCCAGAUGGGAAACGCAGCACGGCUGCUGAGAGGAAGUAAGAGAGGGCAGGGGUGACGUGCCGAGCAGGUACUGCAUGUGACCCUGACCAGGAGCUGUGGUCAGGAUACCACAGGCAUCACAGAGCGACACAGGCCACGACUGGUCAUAGCAUGUGACAUAUCAGGUCACCUGAUCUCACUCUGCCAAUUGCCUCUCUGCUUUCCCCUUCAUAAAAAAAACAAAAAAAAACAAAUAAAAAUCAUACAUCAUAUAUCUUUAUCAUCAUUGUACAUGUACGACGAAACAUUAACUGGAAGGAAACUUGCUGGGCUUAGAUAUGCAUUAUUUUAUAUCUUAUACACUGCUCACUUGUGCUUUACUACUUAAAACAAAGCCAUUGACUGUGUUAUCUAUGUGAAAUGUACUCAGGAAGAUGGGUGUAUUAGAGAAUCUCACUGUCCUUACGAUGAUUAUCUAACCUGAAUAAGAAGCCACAGAAUAUAAGAAGCUGGAGCAGAAACGGCAGAACAUGAAACCGUAUUCCGAAGAUAAUUUGAAGACAUUUGUUAUCUUUUUUCAUGAAUUUAGUUCUAAUUGAACAAUGAAGGUGCCCUGCAAAUGUGCAUCUGCUGUCCAUGGGGGUGUUCAGCCGCUCCGGCAGUCAGCGCGAUCCCGAAAGCGCCAGUCAGCGCGCGCUGCAAUUCCUGCCAAGCCCGUUUCUGUCUUACGCUGUAUUCAACAUCGCGUAUAAUUAAUAUGACAGUGUAAUUUUAUUUUUCAAUUCUGCGCCCUUUGAUGGAAGUGGAGUUUUGGAAUGAGACAGCUAGGUCAUCAUGUUGUCGCAACAACUCGCUUUGUGACGCUUAUGCUUCAAUGGAAAACAAUCUGCUUUUCUGUUUGCAUAGUUUGAGCAAAAGAACAUUGGUUAAUUUGGUGUAAAUUGCGUGUAAAUGGCAUAGUAUAAUUAUCGGUGAGGACACUGAGGGCUCUGAGACUGACUAUGUCAUAUAUGCAAAUGGGAAACACCUUUAUAUUUCUGUCUCUUCAUCUUUUCCAUCAACACGCUACCGAUAAUAUUUCAUUUGUAGCUAUUACUGAAACACCAGGUCAAUAUAAGCAUUGUUGUUAUUAUGAUUAUUAUUUUUCACAAAAUAUAUCAGCAAACCAAACAGGUACCUGCAGGUUUUAAUAUGACGUUUUUGUGGCAGCGGUCUGUCUUGCUCCAGAGGAAAAGUCUAAGUGUGCCGAUUGUGCAACGCAGCGCCCUCUAGUGAGAGCAGUUGCAAACUGAAUAUCUGCCAACAUAGAAUUAUCCGGUCUGUCUGUGGGCGUGACUUUUAUACUCUUCGCAGGAGGAGAGCGAGACCCGCACUUGCUGACUAUCUGUAUCGCGCCAGGAAGGAGUUUGUUCCACUUCCUGUCCUGUCCGCUUGUCUGGUACAAUGCAGCUCCUACCCGCACUGAAAUGAUGGGUCACAGACAGGGACGGAUUAUGGGUUGUGUGGGCCCCUGGGCAAACCCCCCCCCCCACCACCACCAGCACCACCACCACAACCACCACAAUUCAAGGGCCCUUGGCAGCCAAACGCCCUCCCUAUAAGGUCAGGGGCCCUUGUAGGCAGAGGAUCAAAGAAUGUAGGCCCUCUAAAAUAGACAAACGAAAAUACAUUGUUGAUAAGCGUUGCAAAUUGUUUUGGGCUAGGGUCCCCACGGGCCCCCUGCACCUCAAGGGCCCCUGGGCAGCGGCCCCGCUGGUCCGGUCCGUAAUCCGUCCCUGGUCACAAACCUGUGUUUCCAGUAGCCCAAAUCCAGGCAAUGCUUAAUCUCUUUAAGCCUCAUUACAGGCAAGCAUUGGUGCUCCAGCUUACAAAUCCUGGAAUAUCCUACCCGGAGGAAUUGGCAAGGCCACGGGCAGCUUAUCAAGUGCGCCAAGCAGGUGGGCAUCAGACAGGGCACUUAGAGGCGACAGGUAUAGAAUUCUGUCCUUGGAGCCUGGAGGUUUAUCAGGCCCCAGCAGCAUGAGACCAGAACGGAGCCCAGUUGAGUGAUUGUUCUUAAUUUUAAUUUUGGUGGGGGGGGGGGGGGGUGCACAGUACAGGAAACUGAUGUACCAUGUAAUGUCUCUUCAAGGUUACUGUGUCUUCAGUACCUGUGCUGGAACAUCUGUAUGCGAUUAAAUACAGUAUGUAUAGAUCUAUUGCUCAGAUUCCAAACGGGAGACGUUCUGCUAAGCCUACUCUGAUUGGCAGCAGCCGCGGCAACAACAAACAACAACAAACAGCAACACAUUCAAAAAGGUAUAAGGAGUUCUGCUGCUUCCCUUGGAUGCUGUUGCUGUGCAUUUUGUUAUAAUCAGAUACAAAAUAACAGUUGAGGUUUCACUGAAUACCGUAUUACAUUUAAAUAUAUCAAAUUGCCCAAAAUUGUUAAUUCUACUGUAUCUCUGCGCUGAGUGUUCUUGUGCAAGACCAUAAUACGUCUCCCUUUGCCUGUUUUUGUCGUUAUUGAUCAGAAGACUGUCUCGUUUGAAAGGCAGUAAUAUAUCUGCUGAUCACCUUGCAUGGUUUCGGCUGACUGAACAGGUUUUUCAGUCCCCCGGUGGGAUCCGUGGGGGUUGCCGUGGUAACAUCUGCCUUGCGCGUGCGGCUCUGAGCCCCCGCAUCCUGACGACAUGGAGAAAAAGAUUCAUUGUGGGAAGCAGAGAGGGAGCAUGGGAAAGCCCCAAUGACCCAGCUGUGUGAAUGGGUCAAAUCUGUCGAUAAAAUUUAGACAGUCUUGGAAUAAUAAAAACAUGAACUGCGUGAUUAACAUGAAUUUCCUCAACCGCUGAGCUCCAUCUCAGAGUUUUUCCCACUGUCAUCACUGUCUGUGUGUGAGGAAAUUAGGUUUCAUGACAUUAACAUGUCACCUGUACAGUAGAAAAGCCUCUUGCAAGACCGUCUAGUCAAUUCUUGGGAUUAAGAUUAUCCCCAUUGUCGUUGUGAAGGCAGCGUGACCCAUGGAGCUGCCUCACCUGCCUACACUAAGAGCAGCACGAUGGCACAGACGCAUCUGGAACCUUUAGACAGUGCAUGAGAUUUAAAGUGUUAUGACCAGCUUACAAACACCCAAACACCCUCUACUUACGAAUGAGUUAUAUUCCGAACGGCCGUUCGUAACUUAAAAUGCUCGUAAGUCGUCAUUCGACAUCAUAGUAAGGGUAUGCGCAAGUACAAAGAACUAGGAUGCUGGGAGUACGCACGCUACGCUGCUAUGCGAUGGGAGUAGUGGCCAGAAGUCGUACUAGACAGUAAAACUGAUCCUUCAUGCCAGACUCAAAUGUGACAAACCUCGCUCACGACAAUGCAAUGUGAAAGGGGAGACCACAUGUGUACUAGACUCAGCUAAUAACACCAUCCAUCCAUCUUCUGUAACAACUUGUCCAAUUUAGGGUCACACGGGGUCCAGAGCCUAUCCCAGACGCUAUGGGCACAAAGAAGGGAACAACUCAGGAUGGGGUGCCAACACAUCACAGAGCACACUCACACACCAUUCACACACCAUUCACACACCACUCACACACCAUUCACACACCACUCACACACCAUUCA